CGAAUUGAAUAGUUGUUGAGCAAAUGAAUUGUGACGUGAUCAGACAUUGAACUCCCAUGUGUAUGAAAAAAGAAAGUAUAUCACAUCUCAACCCAUACGCAUACCACACCGGCCCCCCUGCGUCGCCCUACUGUGUGCCCUCAGCGUUUUUGAUGAUGCGGACCAGCCCGUCUUCGUGUGCGAACCACAGGUCGGGAAGCUCCCCGUACCAUUGCAGGAGGAACUCGGUCAGCUCGGGGAAGAGGCUGUUGACCCUCUCUAAGGUGGCUUGGCAGCUGAUGAUCUUGAGGCCGUUCUUGGCGUUCAGGGAGAUUACGACGCGCUUCUCAUCGGCGGCACCUGAGGCCAAGAAGGUGCGAAUGGCGGCCAGCAGCUUGUCUUGCCCGGAGGCGAUGCCGACUGCGUACUGGUAAGGGCUGAGCUUCUCCAUGGACUGCUCCCGGAGUUGGAAGCAGAGCGCACGGGUUAUCCAGCGCCGCAGGAUCUCCCCGAUGGCGAUCGGCUGUACCUCGCCUGUCAGAUUGCCGUCCUCGUCCGUCUUCUCGAGGCCAAUCAGCCGGGAUAUGCCCAGGAGAGGCCUGAUGUGGUAUGAGACGUUGGCCUGCACGACGUCUUCUACCAGGUUCGUCAGCGGCAAAUAGUCGAAGGCCUCAUGGAUGCCCCUCAGGUGCUCGUAUCGCCAGCCUGUCGGCCCCUGCGCCGACCCCUCCUAUGCCGUCUUGAGUGCGGUCAGUAGGGGAGUAGGGUGCAGCUCCAGCGGAGGGCGGAGCUCGCCUGUCGGGGGGGGGGUGCGCGUGUGGUGUCCAGCGGUUGGCCGGGCGGGUGGAGGCCUUGGAGGAUGUUGAGGGUGUUGUCGUUGUCGGGCGCCACCGGGGGGGAGGUCAGUGCCUCGACAGCACGCUUGCACUCUCCGGCGCGAGACGGCGGGCUCGCUUGGCCGCGGGGGCAGCUGCGGGGCGGUCUACGGAGUGUGCUCGUCGCUGUCACUCGAGAGCCUCAUCCCACAGCGUCUCCCAAUCGCCCUCGUCAAAGAGCUGAUACCGCCGACGCCAGACCCGCCCGACACCGCUAUGCCGGCCUCCUCGCUUGAGCGAGAACAAGAGCAAGGUAGGGAGAAUGCACAGCAGCGUGUAGGCAGGCACCAAUAGCUCCUCGUCAGCGCAUCUCACCGCGUUGGCGCGGGCGGCGCGAAUAGCGAACUCCCGACGGGCGACCCAUUUGUUGAUCGUGGGGAUCUGCCCUUGCAUGAAUGGGCUGAUGUCUCAAGUCGCGAGCUGGUGGAGGGCGG